AUGGAAUUGCACUGGGUUCGCCCGAAUUUGCUCAACACCGUCUUCCGCGACGAGCACGGCAGGCCUCGGUACAGAACCCAGACGAACGGGUCUGCAUUCAGUAUGUCUGACCGUACGACCACUAUUACGCGCUUCAUCGGUGGCGACCCGUCGUUGUACCCCACCACCGAGCUCGUCGAUACGGACGACAAAUCCGAUACGGAUAUCUUGCUCAAUAAACUCGAGGAGAAGCCGGUCGCGGAGAUCGCGUGGCACCGAGUGUCGCAGUCGAUCUUCAAAUAUGAUGGGAAGGAGGUCAAGGCCAAAGAUCUCAUCAAGACGACAAAGGCCGUUACAGAGAAGAGCCGUACAUUCACGGCUUCCAAUGGUGAAGUGUACACAUGGGUUGAGACCGCUCAUCCUUGCUAUCUCCUAAAGGGCCCACCUGGUACACCGGGAGCGAAGAUCAUCGAGGGCAAAGGACGUAGUCGUGGCAUGAGGAAAGGAAAGGAGGCACACUACCCUUGGCUGAACAUCUCCGAGGAAUGUCUGCCGAUCUUAGACGAGUUGUUCAUGAUAUUUGUGUGGGCAGAGAGGCGUAGGGCUGAAGACUACAACGACGAGUACUGA